GUCGGGCGGGGAGCCUCCGCCCCAAUACGGGGCGGGACGCUACGGUCGGUCCCCCUCGGCGUCCGCCCCCCAGUCUGCGCUCAGCGAUGGCCCCUCGCGAAGCAGAUCGGACCCUGCCCCUGGCACUCGCCCUGGCCGCAGUGGCCGCGGUGUCCUGGGCGAGAGGGCCGCCUGACGCACGGGGGCCGGGGCAGGGCUGCUCGGCGCUGGGCCGCUGCUGCCCCGGCCGUGACCUGACCUGCGCAGCCCGCGGGCCCCCGCGCUGCUUCUGCGACCAGGCGUGCGGCGCGGCGCGGGACUGCUGCGCGGACUACUCGCGGGCCUGCCCAGCUGUCUCCUGCAUUGUGGCAGAGUGGAGUGGCUGGAGUCGCUGUGCCAAACCCUGUCAGGUCUCCUACCGUGUCCGCAGGAGGCAUGUCCUGCAGGAGCCAAGGAAUGGGGGUGCUCCCUGCCCCCAUUUGGAAGAGCAGGCUGGCUGCGUGGAGUACCGGAGCCAUCAGGGAAUGGAGUGCCAGCAGUCCUUGUUCCCUGCUCUGAUAACCACAGGCAGAUUCGGGAAAGAACGGAAAAAGCAAAGUGUCCCCAAGAGGCAGGAGAUAUUAGGGUACUGUGUCCAGUUCCAGCUGGGACCCAUUCCAGGGAGCUGCCGGCAGGUGAGGGCACCCCAUGCCCAGUGGACGAAGUAUCUGACCCAGGGCCACCUGGUCUGUGUCAGGUGUGAGUGGCCUGCCCAGGAUGCCAGGAGCCGACGUUGCCACGGGGACGGCGGCGGGGCCAGAGAGAACCAGCUGUUGCUGUGGCAAGCGGCCGGCCACCCCCGGUGCCGAGGGACGUGGGAGAGGCUUGGGCAGCUCCCGGACUGUUCCUGCCCAGAGGUCCAUAACCUCAUCUUCAUCUAGCGUCUCGGCCCCCUAACUGCCCAGACCCCUCCUUCCCAAGGCCUCCCAGGGAGCCUCCCGUCCCAGAGCUUGGGAUCCAGAGGGUCAGGGAGUGGGGAGGAGCCUGCAAAUAUGAGACUGAAGGAAUAAGCCUCGUCCUUAUGUUGACACUUACGUUAUGAAAAUAGCUUUAUGUUUCUACUCAGUGCCAACUAGUCAGAGCCUUGCGAACAUCUCCCCGUAGUUCCUGGCUCCCCAAAUGUCCUCUCCCACACACACACUGGUGGCUUUUGCCCUGUCCUCCUCACCUGUACACUUACUUUUUACGGACUCUCCUCUCCUCCCCAUUUUUUCCACUUAAAUAAAUUUAUUUGAAAAGGCAGCUUAAAUACGUGUGUUUAAAGAGGAAUGUUCUAUCAAGCUAGAAAUGAAAAUAAAUAAUAGUAGUCAACAUUUAUUAAGUGUCUACAGAGUGCCAAGCGCUGUUCUGGCUCUUUUCACAUAUUGACUCAUUGGACCCUGAGUUAGGUGCAAUUAUAUCCCCAUUUUACAUGUGAGGAAAGGGAGGCACAGAGAGGUUAGACCACUUGCCCGAGAUCGUCCAGUUCGUGAGUGGCACAGUGGGGAUUUGAAACCCAUGAGCUACAUCUACUGCUAAGAUUCCCUACACUAGUAGCACAUCAGCACCGUGAGGGCAGGGUUUUGGUCUGUCUUGUUUCCUGCACUGUCCCCUGUGCCUAGAACAGUGUCUGGCACAAAAUAAUGUUCAAUAAAUAUUUGUUGAAUGAAUAAAUGAAUGAUCAAUUGCUAUAAUUAGAAGGCAAUUAGAAAAACGAACAUAAUAGAAACUAAACAAGUAUGGCUAGGUAUUGUUGCCUGUCCAAGGAGCUGAGCAUGAAACCUGCUCUCUUCUUGUUCAAACAAGAAAUUUGCGUGUGUGUGAGAGAUAGUAAGGACCCCCUGGUAUCUAAUGGAGACUUGGAUCCCUGACAAAUUAGAAGAGUUACAAGACUUGAAAGGGGACUAAUUUUCUCCUCUUGGUAGUCAACUGUUAUAUAUAACUAGA